AUGCCCUACAAUACUGACAAUGUUUCUCCAGCUCGAUGGGGCUUGGAUAUGUCUAUAUUCGACCAACAACGGCUGGCCUCGGGGGAUGCUCUGAAUCAAUCGGUGGAAAUAUUCGAGAGCCUCCUUGAUGGAAGGAGCAUUGCGAUGAGCGACGAUAGCUACAGAUUUCUACGCCAAUGGAUAGUGGAUUGCUAUCCAUCAAAUCCCAAAGAAUUCACAGGGUCCAUCCACGCUAAGAUCCUUUCACAGCUUUCACUCUCUUUAUUGUUCUUAGUGUAUCCGGCCGACGAGCCUUCCAAUCUAGUUGAAUGUCGUCGGUCGGUGCAAUUGGUGCAUCCUGUCCUGGAUGCUAUCCCUUCCCUUGCAUUCACAGGCGGUCCGGGAGCCUCUUCUGAGCAAACCCGUGAAAGAUCUGCUGGAAAGCCUCAAAGAAAUCGGCGUCAUCUGAACAAAGGCAAGCGUGGCGUCGAUAAUCUCGCCACAGACGUGACACUUUUUCAAGCUGCGAAAGUCGACGUUCCCAACUCCCGCGAAGAAGGCUACGCCCUGGCUUCAAGUCUCCUGAAAGAUCAAGAAAGGAUUUUGCAGUAUUACCUUGAUAUCCUGAGACGACCACUGCUUUGCGGUGUCUUGUAUCAGAGUUACAUUCGUCCUAAGCUGAGGAAUAUAUCGCGGGCUCGUCCCUCAAUUCAAACUGAUAUCACCGACUCGGACGACACCUCCAAACCCGCAGACGAAAUAGACUCUGCUCAUCCGUACGUUCAGCCUCUGAAAGCAGCAUUGUAUUUCGAGAACGCUACUGGCUUUGGAGAGUGGCAGAUAUGGGUGUCUUCUCGCGCGAAUGGUGACCUACGAGAAGCCCGUCGGCAAGAUAGAAAAUCAUUUGCCAUCAUUAUCAAAAAGAUCAAGGAACUAUCGAACGGACAUUUCUCAAACGAUAAUCAGAAAAGGCUAGGAGGCGCUGGCGCUGGUGUCCCUAUCUAUGAAGCGAAAAUGACUCGCGAUAAGCGUCUAGUAUAUCAUAUCGAUUGUAGACAAAGAUAUGACAAUGAUUUCGAGCAACAAGUGAUUCGAAUUUUUGGUAUAUAUACACAUGCCCAGAUGGACGAUCGUCUAUGGAACUCGGUAUCAUAUCACCUCGCCAAACAAGGAAAGGAGUAUAAACUUCGCUGUACGUUACAAAAGGAACCCAGUCAUGCGCCAAAUAAUAUCGUUUUGCCGGCAUCUUUCCCUCCCCAAGAGACAGUAGGAAAGGCAACUGUGUCACCGAUGUUAGCUAUUCCUGAAGAGCACUGGGAGGAGCUAAAUUCCCUGUUGAUGGGGGAUAAACUAUACAUUUUAUCUCAAGAGCUGUUGAACAGUAUUGUCGCUGAUCGUGAUGUGGCUCAUGUCUUUGCGGUAUCCCCAAAAGAAAAUGAAAUCAUCGAGCACACUUCAUCGUCUUUUGUGAUAGGCCGCAGCGGGACCGGCAAAACUACGACGAUGCUUUUCAAAAUGCUCGGUAUGGAACGAUUGUGGGAACUCCAUGCUGAUACAAUGGCGAAACCACGCCAAGUUUUUGUCACGCGUUCGCGCGUUUUAGCUGGGAAAGUGAAUGAAUACUUUACCAAAUUGAUGGAAUCGUUGGCAUUACAGGGUUUGUCAGCGAAGGAACUAGCAGAAAUGGAUCAUAUUUCAUCGCAACGCGAGAAGGAACUCAUUAACAUUGAUGAAAUCGACUGGCGCAGUGACCUUCCCUCGAGCUUCAGUCUCCUCCAGGAUGAGCACUUUCCUCUGUUUGUCACGUUUGAUCGCCUUUGUGCACUGCUGGAAGCUGAUGCGAUGACCUCGCAGAAUGGCACCAAUCAGUAUCCUGACCGAGAAACUCGCUUUUCACGAUUAAAGAGUGACAUUGAUCAUUCCACAAUAACUUUUGAUGAUUUUCUGCAGCACUGUUGGCGUCAUCUCCCACAGCUGCUGAAAAAAGGCCUAGAACCCUCUUUGGUUUUUAGCGAAUUCAUUGGUGUUAUCAAGGGUUCAGAGGAAUCUCUUUCCAUGCCAGAGCGGUACCUCGACGUGGACACAUAUAUAAAGUUUAGCCAUCGAUCGCAAUCGACUUUUGCAUUGCAACGAGGUCCAGUUUAUGAACUAUUCGAACAUUAUCAGAAAUGGAAGCAGCAGCAAGGUGUACGUGAUGCUGCUGACAGAUGUCAUACAUUGUUAGAUUUCAUAUCUAAAGACGGACUACCAGGGCAGCGGAUCGACUAUCUGUACGUCGAUGAAGUUCAGGACAACCUUUUAAUCGAUGCCUUGUUACUUCGGGCACUCUGCAAAAACCCGGAGGGUAUGUUUUGGGCAGGAGACACAGCACAGGCUAUUUCUGUUGGAAGCGCGUUUAAUUUCAAUUCUUUAAAGGCAAUGCUGUACCGAGCAGAGGAGUACUACCGACAAAUCAAUGAAGUACUUCGCGCUCCAAUUCCACCCCGCACCUUCCAGCUUGCUGUCAACUAUCGAUCUCAUAGUGGUAUCGUGGAAUGCGCACAAUCGGUUGUAUCACUUAUCACGCAGUUCUUUCCUGACGCGAUAGAUGUUCUUCCUGAUGAAAAAGGACUGGUUGAUGGCGCGAAACCCAUCUUUUUUACGGGAGAGAACGAGAAUUCUGUUGAAUUUGACCAUUUCUUCUCCACGAACAGUGGCACCGAGAUUGAACUCGGCGCACGACAGUGUAUCCUCGUCCGUAAUGACGCUGCCAGGGAACAGCUGCCCAGUGAGAUUAAGAACAUGGGAUUAGUUAUGACGUUGUACGACAGCAAAGGGUCCGAAUUUGAUGACGUCUUGCUUUACAAUUUUUUCAGAGACUCGUCUGUUGAUCUUUCUCAAUUCCGGGUCCUUCUCAACUCGCUUGAAGAAAAUUUAUCGAUAUCAGCACCAAGAUUCGAUGAACUACGACAUGCCGGUGUGUGCAGCGAGCUUAAGUUUUUAUAUGUCGCCAUCACUCGUGCGCGAAACAACUUGUGGAUAGUUGAUAGCUCGGUAAAAGCAGAGCCUAUGAAGGUUAUCUGGAAAACCCUUGAUCUCGUUGAAAUUUGUACACGAGGCGUAGAUAUCGCUCAGCUGGCUGUUCAUUCUACUCCAGAGGACUGGGGGAAAUCAGGCUGGAAAUUUUUUGAAAAAAACCUCUACACUCAGGCAUGGCACUGUUUUAAGAAGGCUGGCCUGUCACGAGAAGGGGACGUCGCACAUGCUUAUCAUCUUCGGAAACUAGCUGAGGCCAACCCGCAGAGCCACCCACAGCACUCAGAAUAUUUCAAGGCUCCAGCUGAAAAAUUCAUUCACUGCGUGUCUUCUUCUAACACAACUAACGAGGAGCACGCGUAUUUGAAGGCAGCCGGGGAGUGCUUUGUACACAGCGGCCAUGAUGCAAGAGCAGUUGAAGCUUUUCUAGAUGCAACUGAAUAUACACGUGCUGCGCUACAUUGCGAAGAUAUAGGCAAGUUCCACGAAGCCCUUGAAAUCAUCAAUAUGCAUAAGGUGCAAAUGGAGCGAGCUGUUGUUAUUCAAAUCAUCCACGCCUCAAAAAUUUAUUACCUCAAGAAGAACCAGCUUGAUGAAGCUAUGAAACUCUUCAAAGGCGAAGAUGAGGCACUGUCCUUCAUGGCAAAGUACGAUCUGGAAGCGCCUCGUAUAACCUUACUGUGUAGAAUGGGAAAGUUUGCGGAUGCCGCAGAACUCCAUUUGGUGAAAGGCCGAUACCUGGAGGCAAUUCAGCUUUUCAUUGAAGAUGCGGGCAGUUCCUACUCGACAUGCAAGGCUAGAGAAUGCAUAGUACAUUGUCUAUGGCGACAUAUGUCAUUCGGGACAGCAAAUUCUGAUAAAGACGCUGUUCGAGUCUUGUUAGAUAUGUACAACCAAUUACAUGUCGAGCCAGGGGAAACAGAGGAAAAUGACGAGAUCACCAUGUUCAAAGCGAUGGUCUGCCAAGAUUCCGUUUCAUUGUUACAUCUUGGACAGAAGCUGGCUGAGAACAACAUUGCUGUAUCGUUACACAGCCUCGAUGCCGCACUCGCAGAGACACUGGUUGACCCCCUCCAGGCGACGGAAGUUGCGGCACGCUUAGACUUUUUUUUAAUCUAUGCUAAACUUCUUCGGGAUGCUGUACACAGCGAAGAUCCAUAUCGCUCCCCUCACCUUCAGAAACUCUUUAAUUUUUCUGUCACAUCGGAUAGGAUGAUCAUCAUUCCAGGGGGCACUCUCCUGCACUCCAAAUGCAAACACAGCGCCUCAAUUAACUCUCAAAUUGGCGACAAUAGAUAUAUGUUAUCCAUCCCCGAAUUUCAACGACUCUAUCGAGAAGUCUUAUCUUUCCGACUACGGACGAGAGUUGUGAAAGAGACUUCCGCCUUUGAGGGAAAGUGGGCUUUGCUGCCAUCUCUUCGGUCCUCUCCACACAUAAAAGGAGAUUACGCCACCAAUAUCAAUGGAGCUGUGAACGGCGUAUAUCAUUCUCACGUUCGACUGCACUUGCAACAGGUUCUCGUGGUUGAUACUUUAGCGUCUUUUCGAUCCGUUCAAGGGCCUGAAGUGCGGAAGCUACACCUCAACUGGAUCACCCGUUUGUAUUGGGUUCUUCAUUCCCCUCAUACCUCAGGACACAUUGUCAAACUGUGUAUGAGUGGCAUACCGGAGGCCCAAAAGGGAUUCCAAGUUCUCGUACAGUGGCUGCAUGAUAUAUUUCGCACUCUGGACCCUUCUCAUGAGUUGUUCGUGUCCACAGCAUCAAUAGUCGCCAAGUUGAGCUUGGAUGUUACUCCGCAUUGCCUGUUGAGCCUGGGUAUCAAUUCACAUUACAAAGGCAGGACGCCUUUCUCGUCUUUGAGAGGGAUGCUCAAAGAAGGAGAAAGCUGGAUCAUUAUUCGCGACCUCCUGGAUUUUCUAGAAAAUGACGAAUACUCGAUAGUCGGCGGAAUUCAUGUUAUUGAGAAAAUCUUGCAAGAAAAGCACAUUUUCAAUCUUGAUGUCUUAUGUGACUUUGCUGAUCAUGUGUGCGCUUCAACUGUCGUUCACUCCCUGCUUGCGGAGAACUCUACGUUAAAAGAUAUUAUGCUGCCCCGCAAUCCCCUCAUUACCGUCCUGGAACAGUUCAAUAGCACUCGCAGAGAUACGACAUUCACGCCAAGGUUCAAAAAGUGCAUGAUGAUACUUUUAAGAAGGCUGUACUGCAAAGUCUACUUUGACCACCUUCAUUAUGAAGGGAAAAGUCUACCAAACUGCAGCGAAGAAAUUCGUGAUGUCUUCAUAGCUCGCAUCUGUCGAUGCCUGUGUUUCCUCGAAUAUAACUUGAGCCUUCUUGGCCCCGAUGAAAAUGAAAGGCUAAAAGAAGUUCUUACAUCGCUGGCUUCUUCUCAGGAAAAGAGAAGCUUGCUAUCUAACAUUUGUUCUAUGUAUGCUUCUGUUCAUGGAUAUGUAGAGCUUGCGGGACUACUAGGCCAGCCCUCGCCAGAGCAGGAGCUUGACGAUAUUAUACAACUUCGCGAUUUUCAUUGCGACUCAUCCGACAACUCCAAUCCUCAUGGUGUCCGUUCGGUAACAUACAAUUCUUUUCAGGCUGAAGAUACGACUCGGCUGCUCCAGAAACUCAAAUUGUCAACGCAGCGACCGUGGUUGGGCACCCACCAUCCACUGGCAGGGGGUAUACAGACAAGUCGUCCGCAAUUGUCAAACUCUUCGGACACAAAGCAUAUACCCACCACGUCUCUGGACGGUUCUCUAGCUAUAUCUGAACCUAACAGUGUGAAAGCUGACGGCAAAGAAGCCGAUGCCACGGUUGGAGUCGAGGAUGUUGUCUCGGACAUGCGUCCGUCUUCAACCACGAUGGCACUGAGACACGAGUUCUACGAAACUGAAGAAAAGCUCACGAUAUCCGUCUUCGAUCGAGGCGCCGAUCCCGAACAAGUGACAGUCAAGUUUGAGCCACGCACGUUGACUUACGAGCAUGGUACCAAAUCGCUGUCUCUGCAGCCCCUGAAAGGCGAAAUCGACACCGAAAAAAGUGAUUACACGGUCGGCAAGGUCAAAGUUGAAAUACGCCUAGUCAAAGCGAGUCUCGGGCGGUGGGGCCAGCUGACAGGCGACUCACCUCAGCCCGUGGCGACAUUUACCCCCACACCUACAGUUGCCGCUACCAGGCAGCGAAAGAACUGGGAGGGGAUCACGAGCCAGAUUCUUACCGGUGAAAAAGAGAAGACGUCAGAAGAGGACCCAAAUGUGGGAGGUGAUGGCGCUGUCAACUCUUUCUUCCAGAAGAUAUUCGCCGACUCGGAUGAGGACACGCGACGUGCGAUGAUGAAGAGCUAUCAGGAAAGUGGGGGAACCACUUUAAGUACAAAUUGGAAUGAUGUGAAGAAGGCACCGGUAGAAGUGAAGCCGCCUUCUGGAACUUUUCUUUCGCUCUCAUCGCUGACUCGUUUCGCAUUGCUGCUCGUAUUGGCGGCUAAAUCAAGGAUGGCUCACUUUGCUGUACUUGAGGCACUGAAUAGAACAUGGAUACAAUAUAUGCGACUCAGCAGGGGCGAAGUAACGCAACUCUGGAAGAUGGCUUUGGGAGCGGGUCCUGUAUUACGAAAAAUUGAGAUCAAAAUCGAAGGUGGCAGCACUGCUCGAGCCUGA